AUGAACAAGAAUGAUUGGAACGCCGUGUUGCGGGAUCGUCCGGCCUUCGACGUGAAGGGUAUGCGUGAAGAGUUAGAGGGACCAGCUCCAAUCCGUGCAUUUGCCGCCCUGGGCGGAGUGGCGAUGUGUUUGGCGAGCGCCCUCGGAAUGUUGAAUGUUAUUAAAGUUGUUUUCAACCCUGUUGCAUAUUUACUACAUUUGUAUCUAAUAGCGUUUGGUAUGAGCGUGAUCGCGAUUGAAGGCAAGACCCUGGGUGAGAACUCAUGGAAGAUGUUUGUGUACCGGUGGCUGCCUUUCACCACCGUAGUCGGUGGGAAGGGCUUGAUGUACGCAUUUUUCGGACUCCUAGGCUUGGCAUACGGCUUCCAAGACUUCCUGCUAUUCGCGGCGGGUUGCUACAUGGUUGCUGUAGGUGUGGUGUACUGUCUUAUCCACACCGCCAAGUUCGAAUCACUAAAUGAGAAAUAUGCAAAGAGCCAAUACGUUACUCGUUCAAGUAUGUACUACUAA